GGAUACAGAGACUCUCUUUCAAAUCAAAGUGACCGUGAAGCCGCGCAGCAACAGCUCCGAUUGACUGAUAGCAAACUCUUAAUCAGUCACAAAGAUGUUCCUAAAAAUAGAUGGCACCCACCAGUCCCUAUACCCCCGGAAGAAAGAGGCCACGGUGUUAACCGGUGGGAUUACUACGUCUGCACUAAACUUGGUCCCGGCCAAACCACAUGGGUGCGACUGCCGAGCCUACGACCUGAACAUAUUGUAAAAGCUCGGGGCAUCCGUCGUUUGUUUACUGGCCGGCUGAACUCUCCAGUUCCAGGCGGCCUUGCAGGUGAAUUUCCCGGUGUUGAGGCUCACCUGCUUCGGGCUCAGAUCGCCCGAAUCACAGCGGCCAGCUGGAUAGCGCCUGCUGGCAUGUUUGAGGUGGACGAGGAAGCAGAACUAGAAGAGGGCGUAAGUAGAAAUCUAUAA